AUGGCAUGGGCGAAGGAUUCCGACUCGAGUAGUGACGAGGGUGGUGUGGCAAGUACGCUGAAAACCACGGCCAGAACUUGUUGUUUCUGGUUGAAGCUGUUUCCACCGGUGAAGUGGAUGCUCAACUUCUUCAAAUGGCUUUUCCUUUCUCGCCAGGAAUAUGCUGUGCUCAAGAAGGCCAAAGAGCUCUUCAAGACUGUGAAUGUUGACAGUGGUUGUUGCACUGACUGUCCGUACAAGCAGUUGUCCAAGAUGGAGAGAAUGUACCUGCACCGCAUCUUGAAGGACACGUCUCGUUGGGGGAGCGAGAGAAAGUUUAUCCAGACCUUCCAGUCCCAGGUGAUUGCCAUGCAGAAGGAGGACAGCGACGCAGGAGAAGCCAUCACUGAAGGGGAGUUCUGCAACGCUGUGUUGUAUGCCGUGCAAGAGUACAUGGAGAAGAUCGUCAACAAGAUGAACUCAGAGAUCAAAAAGGAAUACAAGAAAGACGAGAAGCUGGCGGAGGCUCCAUGA